AUGGAAAAUGCAUUCCGCUCCAUCAUAAAAUACCCAAACAGUGGAAUGGACUCUCUGCUCCAUCCCAUUCCAUUCCGCUCCAUUCCAUUCCGUUCCAUUUCACUCCGCUCCAUUAUGUUCCAUCAAUCCAAACAGAGCCUUAAGUGCAGCGUCUUGAUUAGGGUAUAUGAGGGUGAGAGAGCAAGAGCUAGUGACAAUUAUCUGCUUGGUUCAUUUGGGACUCCUUGUCUUCCAUGUCCCCGUGGCCAGCCCUUGGAGGUAUGCUUUUCCAUUGAUGAAAAUGGCAUCCUAACUGUUACUGCUAAGGAAAUAUCUACUGACAAUAUGAAUGUGAUCACCAUUACUAAUGGCAAAGAAAGGUUAUCAACGUUAGAAAUUGAAAAAAUGAUUAAAGAAGCUGAGAAAUACCAUGUGGAAGAUAUGCAAUUCGUAAGGAAGGCCAAUGUAAUGAGUGCAUUAGAUUCUUGUGUUUACAAUAUGAAGAAUACAUUAAAGAAGAAGGUUGUUAAUUUGAUGCUCUUCCCAUCAAGAAAGUGA